UUACUGCAUUUUAAAUGGCAGAGAGCUCAAUCCCAACCGGUUCAUAUUCGGCUGAUAUGGCACCAGAUAAACAAUCAUCACUCAAGCUGUUUGGUUUUUCACUUACCGAGCAAGAGCAAGAGCUUUUAGAGAAAGCUGAUGAUUUCGGAGAAAACAGGAAGUUCGAGUGUCCGUUUUGCCACCGAGUGUUUGCCAAUUCUCAAGCAUUAGGAGGCCAUCAAAAUGCGCACAAGAGAGAGCGUCAAAGAGCUAGGCAAGCCCAGUUUCAAAGCUAUCAAUGGUUCGUAGCAGCUGCGCCCGUUUUAAGCCCCCAUGCCGUAAGGUCGAUGGCGCCGAGGUUUCCCAGAGAGUUCACCAGAAACAGUGCCGGUAAACUUGUGCCACAACGGCCGGCUGGUUAUUGUCCAUCACGUCCACUGCUGCUUUCGUUGACUCCUUCUCAGAACCCUCCUCGAAUUCACAUACCGCAGCCAUUGCAUUUUACGAUGGAAGUGCCGGAUUCUAGUGAAGUUCCUAGCAAAUUGCCAGAGGGGGAGAUAGGCAUUGAUCUUCAUCUUAAGCUCUCCCCUUCCAGAUUUUAGAUCACAUAUUUAUGUUUAUGUAUGUAUGUACCAUGGAUAUGGAGUUUAAUUAAUCAAACUUUCGGAUUUAGUAUUUCUUCUCUGUGUGUUUAAAUUUGGUCGUGAAACAUCUUCAAUAGUUCUAAAGAGUUUGAUGUUUCAGAAGCGUCCCGUUGUUUGAGGCAUAGGA